CGUCGUCAUUGCGCAGAACAGUUUGAACCAAAAAGCGGAGUGACCUUCCUCCGCUCUCAGUCUGAGAGGGGCAGCACCAAAGCGAGAAGCCGGUCACAGCUCCGACAGCCGCCCCUGCUACAGCUUUAGCAAUGAACAACAAUUUAGUCGGAGAUGAAGUUGGGAAACUUUUUGUGGGUGGAUUGGACUGGAGCACAACACAAGAGACACUGAGAAACUAUUUUUCACAGUAUGGGGAAGUUGUAGAUUGUGUCAUCAUGAAGGACAAAACCACAAAUCAGUCGAGAGGCUUUGGGUUUGUUAAGUUUAAAGACCCCAAUUGCGUACGGACCGUGUUGGAGACAAAGCCACAUAAUCUUGAUGGAAGAAAUAUUGACCCGAAGCCAUGCACUCCCAGAGGAAUGCAACCUGAAAAAUCUCGAACCAAGGAGGGCUGGAAGGGCAGCAAAGCUGAUAGCAAUAAAUCAAAGAAGAUAUUUGUAGGUGGAAUCCCUCAUAACUGCGGCGAGCCUGAACUCAGGGACUAUUUCAAUCGGUUCGGAGUGGUCACAGAGGUGGUAAUGAUCUAUGAUGCGGAGAAGCAGAGGCCUCGAGGUUUUGGAUUUAUUACUUUCGAGGCCGAACAAUCAGUGGACCAGGCUGUCAACAUGCAUUUUCACGACAUCAUGGGCAAAAAAGUGGAAGUAAAGAAGGCUGAGCCUCGUGACAGCAAAGCUCCUGGUCAGCUGGGUCCUGGCCAGUGGGCGCCCAGGGCCAUCUUGAGUGCAGCCAAUGGUUGGACAGCACAGCCAGCCCAAGGUUGGCAACAGGCCUACGGGCCACAGGGAGUUUGGGUCUCUGCUACAGGACAGCCCAUAGCUGGCUAUGGGCCCCCACUGUCAGCGGGCCGGGGAACCCCCACGCAGCCCCCGUCACCGUUCAACGCAUUCCUGGUCACGACCCCAGCGGGCAGUUUUGCUGCACCUCAGGGCUACCCUCAGCAGGGCUACACCACAGCACCUCAGUUUGGUUACACUUUUGCAACACCUCAAGCUGACCAGUACGUUCCACAAGUUCCUCCUCCCCCCACCACUCCAGGAACAGCAACUUUGGGCUUUGCCCCUGCCACAACACCAACUCAGGACUUGAGCAAAGCUCCCACCGGGCAGCAUGAUUUUCCCUAUAGCCAGUAUGGCUUGGGUAACUACCCUCAGGAUCCCUCUUCCUACGGACCAACGCGUCCAUCUCACAGUUAUGUUCAGGAUGAGCAGGGAGGAUAUAGUGCAGGAUAUGGUCAGGACCUGACGGCCUUCGCCCACAGCUUUGCAGACCCCAGCCAGCCGGCCGCCUCGUACGUGGCCCAGACAGCACAGCCCGGCGCCGCCCCCCAACCUACUGCAAACGCGUUCGGCAGGGGGCAGAACCACAACGUACAGGGCUUCCAUCCGUAUCGACGCUGACUACCACUCCAGGGUUGAACCGUUGUGUAAAGUUAAAGGAAAAAAAAAAAAGUCAGGGAAACUUGUGUUUUUGCUUAAAAAACAAAACUGGAAUUCAGAAUUGUUCUGAGUGUUCGUUCGAUGCACACAAAAAACUGAAGAAAGCAGAGAUUCCAGUGAAGAGGUUUGCAGAAAUCCUUUUUAUUUUCUCUGCAUAACUUAAAGAAUCAUUCAGCAGAAGGAAGCUUUUUAUCCCUCACUCCUAACCCAUGUUUUAUAGUAGAAUAUAACUACUUGGCAAUAAUUUAUUGUCUGGUCAAACACUAGCACAGAGACUAUAUGUAAAGAGACUUGCAUUUGAAUAUGUAUAUUUAUGAUGGACACAAAUGAAAACAGGGUUUCAAGUUUCCUCAGCUUUAAAUUCUAGGGAAAGAAAAGUUUUUAUUUUUCAUUUGGUGAGUUUUGUUUACUUUCUGAGCCUUUAAAGUUUGUUUAAAAAAUUGAGAUUAUAAAUAUAUAUAUUAUUCACAAACUGUGCAAUUUUUUAAAAGGAGAAUUUUGUACUUUAAAUGUACAUUUUGCUUGUUUUUUUAUUUAAAAAUGUAGACUUCCCUCAGGUGGCUGUUAUGGGUGCAAUUUUUUGCACUAAUGCAAAAAAAGAAAAGGACAAAUUAUUUCAAAAUAAAUGUUUUAAGAAUACA